CCGUAGAAGAAGAGCGUGGAGGUCUGUUGAUGACACGCGGCUGCGUGAUCUGAUCUGAUCUGCGUGAUCUGCGUGAACUCUUCUAACUUCCGCACUCUAAUAUGAACAAGACGAGUCCGCAGCAGCUCUGCUAGGCGUCUACCCCUCCUCCAGCUCCAGAUUUGGACAAUAAUGUCAGACUCUGAUUCUGACUAUGACUGGGAGGACAUCAGAGACCGGAUGAGUGUUAAACUUUUGUCCAAGAAUAAUACGAUCGUCGCCCUCCGUCCAUCAGAGGAGGUGUUUGAACGAUGGAUUCGUAUCCCAGUUGAAACCAAAAGAGAAGCCGUGCAGAAGAUGAAGAUUUGUGCUUUCUGGCUUCCUAUGCUGCUGCAGCGUGAAGAGACGGGCAACACUGUUACCUGGGCUUUACAAUUAGGUCUCAUCUCAAAUGGCAGUGAAGAAAUCAGUCUGAAGCACCUGCACAAGAUAGAAAUACUGGAGGCAAUCCUCAGAGCCCUGGAGAAAGGAUCUGUGAAAAAGGACCAAACGAAGCACGUUGUGUCGAUAAGCAACAUGUUUAACUUUCAUUCCGCGGGGGUUUUGGAGGAUGCGUUGCACUGGUUGGAGCGAUCAGGAGAACCCGGUAUUCGCCGUCGUAUCCAGGAUCUCGGCCACCCACAGAACUGCUUCACCGCCCUGCACCUUAUCUUCACAGAGUUUGCUAAGUAUAUUCAGGAAAUGGGUACCAACCUGGAGAGGACGUUGAAGUCACUGAUGGCUCAACCGGCUGAGUAUCUAGUAGAGAAAAGUGACGAAAUGAAGAAGAAAGGCAAUGAGAACUUUCAGAAAAAGCAGUAUGAAGAAGCUGUGAUGUUUUAUUCCAGAGCCAUCAAACAUUACCCUGACAACCACAUAAUUUAUGGAAACAGAGCGUUAUGCUAUAUCCGAUCUAAGAAUUAUCUAAAAGCGGUUGGUGAUGGAAAACGAGCUACUCUAAUAAAACCACUCUGGGCAAAGGGUCACUACCGCUACUGUGAGGCUUUGUUCUCCCUGGGAGAGGUCAAGAAGGCUAUUGAAGCCAACAAUACAGCCCAGAGUCUGUGUAAAGACGACCACGAGGGGAUGAAAGACUUGGAGCAACAACACCUGAAGUUCGCUGAAGUGCAAGUUCCCAAAGUUGUCCAUCCUAAGAAGACCCCGAGUAAAAGACAGGAGAGCACGAACAGAGGACAUGCAGGGGAGUCACGACCACAGACUGUAAAAGCUGUUAAUAAGAUCGAUCCUCCGCUGCAGAAUAAAAUCUCAGAGGUUAAACCGGAAAAGCAACCAGUGAAGAGUGAAAGGACUGCACAGACAGAGGCCGUCGCUAAAAGCCCUAAACCAUCCAAAAGUGAGUUUUCUACAAAGAAUGGGAAAGGAGAGUCCAGCACCCCGACCAAGAAGAAACCAAAGAACAACAGAAACCAGACUGAAGUUGAGAACCAGAAAGUGGACGAUAAAGCAGGCGUGUGUAGAGAGUUGAGAUCGAUGGUGCAGGACGCACACACGGCUCUGGCCGACGUCCGCUGCCGCAACGCAGAGGAGGCCUUCAGGAAGGCUCUGGCCAUACUGGAAACCAACAAUCUCAAGGAACUUGGACUUUCCACGCUGGAUGUGCUGUUGUUGCUGUACGGCCACGCCUCCGCUCUGACAGAAAUCGGCCAGCUUGAGGAACUUGGAGAAGCACAAAGACUUCUGGAGAAGAUCAAAUCGUUUGAGGAGAGGACGUUUCAGUGUCUGGUUUACUACGCCGUCGGGAGGGUGUAUCUCAAAGAGAACAGGUUUGCACUCGCUCUGGAGCAGUUUUCAGAUUCCCUGCAGACGGUCAAGAAUCGAAUAACACCUGGUAAACUCACCUGGCCUUUAACCAAAGAGAUUGUCAAAGAAACACAGCCGGACUAUUUCAAGGACAUUCUGCGGCGUGCUAUAGAGCUGUGCAAAUUUCCUCCUAUUCCUGACGCCAUUUGUCGACUUGAGAAAUGCGUCGGCCCUUUGAAAGCUGAAAUCUACGUGACUGACCCAGAUUUUAAGGGCUACAUUCGAAUAUGCUGCUGUGAGAGCUGCAUUGUUGAAUACCACACCACCUGUUGGAAGACCCUUAAGACAUCAUCCUUCAAUGAAAAGAAUGAAAAGGAGAUCCUGCAUGAGUCGUGUUUGACUCCAGACUGUGUCGGCAAAAUCUGUAGUAUCAAUAUCUUUGGUCCGACGGGGCUGCUGAAGUGUAAGUGUGAAGCUGCCAUCGCCAAACCACAGACUCCCAAGAAGCCCAAAGUGAAUCAGCAAUGUACAAGUCUGAAGAAGUUAAAAUCAAAGGAGGAGCACAGACUCAAGAGGAAGCAGCCUAAGCAGUCGUUUCAAGAGAAGCAGGCGAUCAACGAGGAGAUUCUGCAGCAGAAAGAAGACCCGGGAACACAGAAUCAACAGAAAGCCUGGUUGCUGUACAGGGAUCGAGUUCUUCUGCAGAUCAGCCAGAACAUGGAGCUGCUGAGAGAGGAGCACGGCGUCAACGUGUCGGCCCUGACCGACAGCCUGAAGCCCUGGCUGGAGCUGGACUCGUCCAGGGGGAACCAGGUCGCUGGGAGGAUGCUGAACUGGCAGCAGGAGCCGAUAGAGACUCUCGGUCAGGCCGUUGAGCUGCUGCUGGAGAGGAAGAACCGGGUUUGGGCUCGGGUCUUGAUCCAACUACUCAGUGGCUGUCUGGAUAUAAAUCCUAAACUCAACAACUGGGCGUGCCAACUCAACAACGCAGGUCUGAAUGCUGCCAAAGACUUCAUUGAGCGUUACAAAGAACACUUGGAGGAGCUGGAUCUGGCUUUUCUGCUCAGCUUUGGCCCGUUGCAGGACGUCAUUAUAGAGAAACUCGGCACUAGGCCGGAGCUUUUUUCAAGCAUGGGCUUGACUGUGACUGAAUACCUAAAACAGGCCCCGCCGCAUGACAUGAGACUCUUUAUCUGGACUCUGGAGGAGCACAGGGACCAGUAUGUCUCCUGCCACCCUAUACUGGAUGAAUAUUUUGAUAUGAUGGAUGGACAUUGUUCAGUCUUAAAAAAGUCUGAUGAAAAUCAAAAUAAUUCUCCUAUGAAGACUCGAGGCCGGAAAAAGAAACAGAAAGAGCCAAAGGGCGUUAUUGUUUUCUCUGGGAGGAGAGCUGUAACUCCGAGAGAUGAAUGGGACCAAGUUUUUGAAGAUGACUCUUUAUCAUUCCUUCACCCCAGUGAUCUGUUCAGUGUACCGAGUCACCUUCGAGAGCAAGUGGCUGAAUUUGAGGACCAGUACAACAGCACCAGACACAGAAGUCACUAUAAAAACAUUUUAGACAACAACCCCGACCCAACAAAAGAGAGUUUGUAUGACUACUUUGCUCAGAUCCUGGAGGAGCACGGUCCGCUGGUGGCUGAGGAUCCUCUGCUGGUGGGUGAACUGGGGAAUUUCCCUUCCGUGGCUCAGCUGAAGAUCCAGGAAGCGGGCGGCUUCGAGCCCUUCCUCCUGGAGUCCCUCCGCUUCAUAAAGAUGAAGAGGUGCAUCGGCCUGGCGAAGCACGCCGUUUCCCUGCAGCAGGCCGGACACGGCGCCGGUCUAGACGACCUGGACGAUAUAGCGGAUCCCGACUCGGACUCUCCGUCUCCUUAUUUGGACUCGAGUCACGAAUCCGCUUUCACGAGCUAUCUGGACGGUUAUUCUUCUGCACAGACUGACGUCUAUCCCAUCCUCCCAAACCCUUAUGUAUUCGGCUCCCAGCCUCCUCCGCUCGGCCAGCCAGCCGGUGGAGAGACUCUGACUGGGAGUGAUCCGUAUUACCAGUGGACUAAUGGUGACAGUCAACAGCAAGCCCCUUACUAUAUAACUAAUGACUACGGGGAGCUGUAUCUAUCUGCCAGUGACGGGGACGGGGGACUUUUGGACACGUCUUCAACUGAGGAGAACUGUUUCAAGACGCAUGCAGCCGUACAGACGUGUCCGGAGUCCAUGAGGAGUGUAGCGGUGAAUACGGAGAUUCAUGAGCGUUUUGAGAGCUGCCAGGGUGACAUCAACAAAAAGCAAAAGAACCACAAGACGUUGGAGCAGCAGAUCAAGAGAAUGGCUCAAGGCUGCGACAAAGUCAACCUGCGGCACGACGAAGACGUCGCUGUCCUCGAGGAAGACAUUCAGAAGAUCAUUGCCAAUAUACAAGUGACCAAUAAGGAGCUGGCGCUGUUCCAGCAUAAACUGGAAGAGGAGGUGAGGAAGGACCAGAAGGAGAAGAAGGCCAACCAGGAAGGACUGAAGUCCCUGAAGGGGGAGAUAGAAGACCUGGUGGAGCAACACGGGAGUCUUUCCCGACACAUCCGAGAGAAGAAAAGCAGCUUUGACGUGAGGUUGAGUGAUUUCCUGGAGUUCAGCAACCAGUCAGCAGCGGAGAAGAUGAGUCUGGAGGACGAGAUCAAGCGCUGUAAAGCCUCGCUGACCUCGGUGACCAGGAGGUCUCACAACGCUCGGGUGUUGGUGGUGGAGAGCAGUCGUGAUCAGGGUUUGAACGGCCUCUACAGAGAGCUCACCACCGGAAAGGGUGUUCUGACCAAACUGGACGAAGCAGCACACAGAUUCCCAACCCCAGACCUGGAGAUCAGUAGGAACAGCUGGAGACUUAAUGUCCAAGAAGUGGAGAAGAAAAUCUCCACUGUUGAGGCCCAGUACCAGGAGCAGCUGGAUCAAGUGAAGAACGGAACCAGACUCAGUGAGCUGGUUCCGGUAAACGUCAGCAACCAGCCUGAACCUCCAGCUGCUCCGCCGUCUGUGGCAGUCCGUGAGUUCGCUUCUCCACCUCCAUCCUCCCGCAACACCCCCCCGAUCAUCCGCCCGUCUGCGGCCGAGGCGCCGACCGCUCAUCCUCCGCCUCAGCACAAACCUCCCACCAGGAGUCUGGAGCCUCCUCACAUCACCGUCACGGUGUUCGACAAGUCCAUGGAGCGCCUCUCCACCAUGUUCCCCGACUACACCAGGUCAGACUUGAUGAGGUUUGUUCAGGAGUUGCGUUCCACCAGCGGUGGAAGCCUCGGCAGUAUGGCGCUGCAGGAUAUGGUCGGUGGAGUGUCGCAGCUGAUCCUGGACCAUCAGGACAAGCUUAUCGCUGCCAAAUCAAACAUCAAGGGGCGUGGAAGUCCCGCUAAGUGUGCCACCCCGCCUUUGAACACCCCGGUCUGGCAGCCACUCGGACACCAGAGAACCACACACUCCAACGCACUGAACGUCGGGGAUCCGUGCAUCAUCUGUCACGAGGACAUGACUCCGGUUGACACCUGUGUGCUGGUGUGCAGACACAGCUUCCACAACGAGUGUAUCCGGUCGUGGCUGAAGGAGCAGAGCACCUGUCCCACCUGCAGAGAUCACGCACUGCUGCCUGAAGAUUUCCCCGCGCUGUCUUGCAGAAGACGCCAAGCGCCGUGAUAACUCCUCCUCCUCCUCCCUCUCCUAUCUUUCAUCACCCACAUGUAUGUUUUUAGCUUUUCUGUUCUUUUUUUUUUAAAUCACUUAUUUCAUUAUAACCUAAAAACACCAUCAAAUUUUUUUGUAUCGUUAAACUAAUGUUUCUAAACUUCGAAUAAACAAAGUCUUGUGU